CCCAGCUCCAGCCCUGUACCCAUCCCUUACCUCUAUGCCAGCUAAAAGGCUUGAUUCCCCAGAUGGGGACUGGAUUAGUAAUGCCUUAAUAAGACUGGAAGCAGGAGAACAACUUUCAAGGGACAGUUUCCAUAGACUGAGCCAACUCCUCAAGCACCUCACUUCAAAGGGAUAUUUGAAACAGACCCAUCUGUACAGUCUUAAAGCUGUGGCUAAACGCCUCCAGCAGAACCUACAGGUAGGUCACAGAGAUAUAUCACGACGCUAUAAAGAUGCUUUGAGCCCAGUAUACAUAAAAGCGAUCCCUCCAAUCAGAAGGAAAGAAAUGGAGAGCUGGGGAGAGUCAUUCCCUAUCCAUGAGCCAGUGUUACUGUCAGCUACUAACAGGACUCAGACCACACAGGAUCUCAGUUGGUAUCCCUUAGCUGAGUCCUAUAGGAAGGAGCAGGUACAGCAGUUAUCCACUGCUGUCAAGAAGUUAAAGCACCUUUAUCAAACCAGAAAGGAUGUUCCUACAGCCGUCUAUCCCUCUGUGGAUAAAGAGUCCUUGGACAUCCGAGCCUUGGGGAGAAGUGAGCUCCCCACAUUUCACAAGGCAAAGGCCCAGCCCAUCCCUACACCAGCAUUACCAUCAAUGACCUACAGGGUUCAAGACCCAAAGGCUCUAACUUGGCUUCUUUUAGGAAAGCCUUACAGGAGUGCACGGGCACAGCAAUUAUCCCAUGUUCUCCAAGAGAUGGGAAUGCAACACUUUCAUCCUGCCACAAGAGACAUUUUCACAGGUGCCCAUGCUUCUGUGGAAAAACAAACUCUGGCACUGAUGUUUCAGAAUGAUCUCAGGGCUCUGAAGGGUGAAGGCAGGGCCCUCAAGCUGCCCCAGCUGGAAAAGAAGGCACAACCUGUCUCUAAAGACAAGGAAGAGCUCCCCCAAUGGGAGACGUUUGUGGCCUUAUACCAUGUUCUGCGGAUGUUGCAGAAGCGAUAUGCAAGAGACAGUGCUGCGUGGAUGGAACAGUUCAAACGUCUCAUGGACUUGUACCAGCUCAAGUCCCCCCGAAUCCAGAGGCUGCUACUGGAGUUGCUGCAGAGAAAGAGACUCCAACCACAACAGACCAUCUACGAAGAGGCUGCAAGGAUCAAGGAGUUGGUGCCUGGUGAACGGUUACUCUGUGACCUGAUGUGUGGUAGUUCUUAUGCCCCUGCAGGUCCCCUUGAAUUCCAGAAUGUUGUACCCUUGCCUGGGCAGAACAGAGUGCAUACUAUCCAACCCACGGGCAUUGCCCAGUAUGGAUUCUUAGAACUUGCCUGGAAAAGGCUACCAAAAGCCAAUUCUUACCGUAGGGAGAGGCUGCCCAACAUCCCUACCCCUACUCUCUGA